UUGCAAAUGGCGGCCGCGUGACGGAUGUUAGUACGCCGUCAAAAUGCAUACGCGAUGUCUUGAAAAGUUAAAAAGUUUUUAAAGUGGCGUCUCUAAAACAACAAAUAAUGUGUAAUGAGUUUUCUUCCAAUUGGUUUUUCAUUUUUGAGUGUCGGCGCGACUGAGACCGAGGGAGGAAAGCUGGGACCCGACGGAAAAAUAUGAACAAUUUGUGCUCUUAAAAUUAUUGAUUUUUCAUCGUUAAAAAAACAUCAGACGCCGCUAAUUGCAUACGUGAUGUAGUGUCGCGCGGCGGCUCCAAUGUAUUAAAAUUAUACAAGUGCGAGUUCCAGUAUUUUACAUAUAAUUAUACAGUCUAGUCUAAAAGUUUCUUAUAAAAUAUAAAACAAGUAUUGCUUGUACUUAAUGUUUUCUACUUAAUAAAACUGUGAUAAAGAAUUUGUGCCGGACAAUGUGGUUUUGUUCAUGAACUAGUGCAAUUUUUUUAUAACAAUAUCAUUGCAAUUUAUAAUAAGGACUGAAAUAUAAUCGGCCAAAGAUAUCUUAAGUAUUAUGUUUUUAUACAAUUAAAUAUAAAGUGUGGUUGGGUGCUGGCAAGAUGGCGUUGCCACCGCAACAGUUCUGUGUGAGAUGGAACUCAUACCAUACCAAUUUGCAGUCGGUGUUCCCCCGGCUAUUACUGACGGAACAGUUCGCUGACGUGACGCUGGCUUGUGAAUCGCGGCAACUGCGCUGCCACAAGCUAGUGCUGUCGGCAUGCAGCGCGUACCUCGAGCGCCUGCUGCUGCAGAACCCCUGCAAGCAUCCCAUCGUCCUCAUGCGGGAUAUGAGGUUCAGUGAGAUGCAAGCCCUGGUCGACUUCAUGUACAAGGGCGAGGUGAAUGUGACGCAGGAGGAACUGCCCAGCCUUCUCAAAUCUGCUGAGGCGCUGCAGAUCAGAGGACUGUGCUCGAGUGACACGAGCGGGCUGACUUCGGAGACGAGCUCCGGUACAGAGAGCAAAGACUUCACGGUGGCGAGCGAGGCGCUGCUCGCCACGCACAGAGAUACUACCACUAAUGGUCCGACAAACCAACAGCAGAAGGCGGCCAACGUGAGCGCGACAACGAACGGCACUAAGAAACGGAAGUCUGAAGACAGGGAGAGGAACCCCGAGGUGAAGGAGGAGACGGUGGAAGAGGAUGGACUUUAUUACGGAGAACUGGAUAAUGAGAAUAUGGAAUAUAACGAGGAAGAGGAAUCUGGAAAACCAGGCAGCAGUUUAGGACAAACCUCAGGAUCAUAUAUACGAGUGAAACCGGAAAGCGAAUUAUUAUUUCAAACGAAAUUGCAAAAUCUAUCAAAAACCAAUUACGAGUAUAUUAGAAAGCUUUCCAAAAUGAAUACAUUAGAAAUACAAAACGAAUUCUCGAAAUAUGGCCUUGAAACAAAUAAUACGGCAUCAGAAGACGCGUAUGUACAAAAAAACGCUGAAAACGAUUACUACAAAUCGUGGUUAGAACAAAACGGCGAGCUCGAAGUAUCCCUACUAAAAGCUAAUCAGACAAAAAAAUCCAAAACCGAUAUAAAAAAUCAGAAAUCCGAAGUAGAACUUAUACCAAAACCGAAAACCGUUAGUAAAGAUUACCCUAAAUCUGUGGAGAAACCUCAGAUACGUAGACGAGGUCGGCCACCGAUUUUCAAAGAUAAAAACAUGGAUAUCGGUGAUACUGUAUUGAAGUCCGAUUUAGAUCAAUUUCUAGAAGGUAAAGAAGUUAGCUCAUCUGGACUGUCCCGUAAGGAUUUAGAAAGAGUGAUGAUGGGAAAAUUCAACCCUAACAGAAGGUACUCUAACGAAGCUAUGUGGGCGGCUCUCAUGGAUGUUAAGAAAGGAGGAAGCAUUUAUAGAGCUGCACAAACACACAAAGUGCCUCGCAAAUCUCUACGUAACUGGAUGAAGCGAUGCCAUAUUAAAUCUUCAUUCCCGAUGCCGCAGCAAUUGAAGCAAUUCGUUGAGAACAGCAAAAAACAACGAGAAUACAAAACAUUCGAUGGAUAUCCGAACGCGGAUCAAAAUUAUGGAGAAAAAAGUGGUACAGAAGAUGUACAUUUUGAUAACGAAUUGGAUUUCGGGAAACAUUUUCUUACCUUCACCGGUACCGUUUCUAGUGAAGAUGAAGCUAAAAACGAAGAAAAACCUACCGAAACGGUAGAAAACAGUGAAGAUGGCACAGCACUUAAUAUGUCACUCCAUGAGUGAUUUGGUAGCUUUUGAAUACUUAAAUCUUGAACUGCCCCAGUUUAAAGAAAUAUUGAUUGCCAAAGAAUAAGCAAAGAUUUAUAGAAGGAAUUGGGUAUUAAACUGCAUUCAGUUUCUUAAGUCCGUUUCAACUAAAUUGAACUGUUCAAUUAAAAUUGCUUGUGUAGGCAAAACUUUAAACUGAACGAUUCAACUGACAGUUAAAAUUUUGUCUAAAUAUAUUUUAAGGCGAUUCCUUCAGUUCAGUUAAAACUGACAACUGACCGUUUUUAGCGGGAAGGUGGUAACUUAAUUACUCCUAUAGUGAUUUUACCUUGAAAUAACACUAAGGGACUUCCUUAGUGGCCACUGAAUUCUGAAUACAGUAUUUUUUACAUAUUGAGUAAUUCACGCGAAAAUUGGUAAAGUUUUGUAAAAGUGUGUAAGAAAAGUUUUAUUUAGUACUUGCACAUUUGUAUACUUAAGUAUAUUAUUUUAACUCAAUGUGUGAAAUAAGACAAACUCUACCGUCUUACUAUUCAAUCUAAUUUUAGUAAAAAAAACUAAAGAUAGAUUUUUUAAUCCCAAAAAUACUAUAUUAAUAAAAAAAAAUCUUUAUUUAUAGUAGAUUUCCUAUUUUAUACCUUGCAAUAUUACAUCCAAAGAUUCUUUGUUUUUUUAUGUUUAAAGAAAUACACCUCGAAUGUAUAAUAUUGUUUUUAAAAAGCUGUUUUUAGUAAAUAUUGGUAAUACCAGUGCAAUAUUUUAUUACCGAUUUGGUAGCUUUUAUGUUUCAUUCGAGGCGAUGUGUUAUUUUAUUUAUUUUUACCUACCGUUUUUGUUAAAUGAUUAUAGAAUAUUAGAUGAAAUGAAAUGGGGAUUAUAUUGGCCUUUUAUGUCUUAACGUACGUUUCCACUGACGAAAUUUGUAUAAAAACUUGUUAAAGACAGAAAGUUAUUUGACAUAUUGGGCAUAGUCUAACUAAAUUAUAAUACGAGCGCCCUCUAUUGUCAAAAAAGUGUCAUAAAAUCUUUUUUAUUGAAGCUGUAAUUUUUUUUCUUUUAUGUCAUUUUCCACAAGUAGUUUUUAAAACUAACAGCGACAUCGGGCCAGAUAAGCUAGUUGCACUAUAUCUCUGUUUUCUAAAUCAAGGGUAACAAGUUUUUGUAAAUUCUUCUGCAGUGUAAACGCACGGUUAUAUAAGGACAACGUCCAAAGAUAAAGAAAAGACUUGAAAAUGAAAUUUUAGCGGUAAAUAUUAAUUAUGACAGUCUGGAUGAAAUAAAAAAAAAACAUCGAUUUUUAUAGAUAAUGGACUGUCAACUUUUCGAUACUUAUAAUUGCUUAAAUAUAGUGAUAAUUUAUUUAAUGUUUUUUAAGGUUUCUGUACUUAAUUAGCUGAUUGAACCCCCAGCCGUAGAACCAUCGAAAGUUAUUUUAGUAGUAUAUUUAAGUUUGCUUUAAUUAGGCCGAAAUGAGCGAUCGAUAGGAACCUUUUUGAUUAUAAUAACGCCUAGUAAAUACUAGGGUAAAUUUUUACCUUUAUUUUAGAAACAUGUGUAAAAUACAUAUUUCACGCUUAUAAAAAAAUCUUACUUUUUAACUAAUACAAAUAAAAAAUAUAGACUUGAUAACCUCCAUUUUUGAAGUCAGUUAAAAAUAUUGUUAUCCAGUAAUGUAAUUCUCACUUUAAUUUGAGUUUUGGUUCUUUUUUUAAAAUACCUGUCGAUCGCUGCAUUACCUAGGCUUUUAACUACGUGUGUUGUUCCUAAGGUUAUUUAAAAGCGAUGCCUUCGAGGCAUUACAUUGUCUUUCUCUUCAAGGGCGUGCAUUUGACCUGAUUAUUGUGGUUUUACGCGUGUAUGUCACGUAGUCGUCGCGUGUACGUUGCGUAGUCGUCGCGUGUGGUUUGUUUGAACUUUUGUCGUGUAUUGUAAAUGGGACCUUUGUGCAAUCGGAGACUGAAAGAAAAUUUAAGAUGGUUGAAAUUUGUUGCCAAUUGAUAAUAUUUAUAUUGUAUUUAUAAUAGUUAUUUUAUAUCUAUAAUGUUACCAGGCAGUGUAUUUUUAUACAGAAUGCCUGAUAAAAAAAAUAAGAGUUAGAGAAAGUUUUGAGUCGAAAAUGUAAUCGACUUCGUAGGUUAUGAUGAAAUUAAAGGUAAUGUUUUUCAUUUUUUUAUGACUAAGGGCCUGUCCCACUAAAUUGUAAAUUGAUGUAACAAUCGAACGUGUAAAA